AUGUCUGCGUUCGAGCCAACGGAAGCGACGAGCUGCGUCCAGGUCGUCGUGCGCGUACGCCCCAUGAAUGACAAAGAGCAGAAGGGAAACACCCUUCCUGUCGUCACAGCAAGCACAGAGAAGAAGGAGGUCACGGUGAUUCGUGGGGCUGGAAACCGCCAGCAGCGCACGACUUACAACUUCGACGACGUCCUGACCUCCUUCUCCACGCAGCAGGAGGUCUUCGAUACCACCAUUGCGCCCAACAUUCUCGAUGUCCUCGAAGGCUUCGAAUGUACCAUGUUCGCUUACGGUCAAACCGGCACAGGCAAGACCCACACGAUGGAAGGAGACCUGUCGAGUGAGAACAACCGUGGUGUGAUCCCCCGAGCCGCGCAUGCGAUCUUCGAGAGGCUCAAGACAGAGCAGUAUGUGGAGUCGUCUGUCUCCGCCUCAUACCUGGAGAUCUACAACGAGGAGCUGGCAGACCUUCUGGUCGAUGACGGGAAGGAUGUGAAGCUGCAGAUCUGCGAGGACACGAGGCCGCGAGGGAAGGGGAUCUUCGUGCACAACCUGUCUGAGACGAUCGUCACGUCGGCUGAGGAUGUUCUCAGGCUGAUGCAGAAGGCUCAGGAGAGGAGGAGGGUGGGUGAGACGAAGAUGAACAAGCAGUCUUCCCGCAGCCACUGCCUCUUUACCCUCAAGGUGCAUUCCAGGAAGAAGGUUGACGACUCUGGCUCCAUCAUGGAGUGUACUGGGAAGCUUCACCUGGUCGACCUUGCCGGGAGUGAGUGCGCAAAGACGGCAGGAUCGGAGAACGCGCAGAAGGAGCGAGAGCGAAAGAACAUCAACCAGUCCCUCCUCACCCUUGGCCGCGUCAUCAGCGCCCUGAGGGAGGGGCACGUUCAGAGGAUCCCCUACAGGGACAGCAAGCUGACCCGCCUGCUGCAAGAGUCUCUAGGGGGCAAGUGCAAGACCGUGAUCAUUGCCACCAUCUCCCCCUCCGUGCUAGCAGUGGAUGAGACGCUGUCGACGCUCAACUACGCGCAGGCAGCGCACGGCAUCCAGAACAAGCCCGUGGCAACGAGCUACCUCAAAAUCGGAGACGCGGAGAGGAAGAGGCCCGAGAGCGCCAGCAACGCCCACAGCACGGGAACAUCAGUGCAGGACUGGAACCAGAUGGAGUGCAGGCUGCAGUACAUGCAGGCUGAGCUCGAGGAGGCCCAGGCGGCACUGAGCCGGAAGCAUCAGCAGCAGCAGAUCAUCAUCGACCGAGCUGAGAACGCGGAGAGAGAG